AUGGAACGCACCAAGGUGACGGCCAAAGGAAAGGCCAAAACGAAGUUGACAACGACGGCGUCGUCAAAGGGAAAGACGAAGUUGAAGGCACGACCCCGGAUCACCGCGACAGUGCAACAAUUGCCGAACACUGCCGCAGACGGUGAACAAUCUCUGCCCGAUGCGGGGAGCGAAGUCCAUGGCGAGUUGAUGCAACGGAUUAAGUUGGCGUAUCCAAUUGAUUCGGACGACAAAACCAAGGGAUCAACUUCGCAUUGCGAAAGCAAAAUCGGCGAUGGCAGCUGCGAAGAAGAAGGAGUAUCGGCAAACCAAGCGCGUGAAGAAAUCCCGUAUCCGUUUCAACCACUGGAAGACCCUACUGCUAUUCAUGGUGAGGUUCAAUUCAACGAGGAGGCCCUGCACGACAUCGACCUUGGCGAAGAUCCACCGUUCCUCAAUAUUCCGUCCAAGAUGCGAUUCAAGUGCGGCCUCCACGCCGAAACCCUGUGA